GGGGGUCAGGCCGGGAUGCCCAAGAUGGCCGCGUGGAGGAGUUCACCUUGCAGCGGCAGCGGGCGCCGCUCGUCUUGGCGGCGGGCCUGGCAGUGGCGGUGGCGGGCCCGGGCGCGGGGGAGAAGCUGGCGCUGGGCGCAGCCGCCCGGGCCCUGCCCUUGGGGGGUGCACCUCUGUCCCAUGCGUGCCGGCCUGUCUUUCCGCAUCCCCUUUUCGGUGCCCUUCUCUGCUCCAAUGGCGAUUCCUCCGUCAUAUGUAGACCUUGGCAAAUCUGCCAGAGAUAUCUUCAAUAAAGGAUAUGGUUUUGGGUUGGUGAAACUGGAUGUGAAAACAAAAUCUGCAAGCGGAGUGGAAUUCACAACAUCUGGUUCAUCGAACACAGACACUGGAAAAGUGAAUGGGAGCUUGGAGACCAAAUACAAGUGGGCUGAGUAUGGGCUGACUUUCACAGAAAAAUGGAACACAGAUAACACUCUGGGAACAGAAAUUGCAAUUGAAGAUCAGAUUGCCAAAGGCUUGAAGUUGACAUUUGAUACAACUUUUUCACCAAAUACAGGAAAGAAAAGUGGUAAAAUUAAGUCAGCUUUUAAACGUGAAUGCCUAAACCUAGGUUGUGAUGUUGACUUUGAUUUUGCUGGACCUGCAAUCCAUGGUUCAGCUGUCUUCGGUUAUGAAGGCUGGCUCGCUGGUUAUCAGAUGACUUUUGAUAGUGCCAAAUCAAAAUUGACAAGAAAUAACUUUUCUGUGGGUUACAAGACUGGAGACUUCCAACUGCAUACUAAUGUCAAUGAUGGUUCAGAAUUUGGUGGGUCAAUUUACCAAAAAGUGAGUGACAGUCUUGAAACAGCUGUAAACCUGGCUUGGACAGCAGGUAGCAACAGCACUCGCUUUGGCAUUGCAGCUAAAUACAAGUUGGAUUCCACUGCUUCUAUCUCUGCAAAAGUGAACAAUUCUAGUCUAGUUGGAGUGGGUUACACCCAGACCCUGAGGCCAGGUGUGAAGCUUACACUGUCUGCCCUGAUAGAUGGAAAGAGCAUCAACGCUGGUGGCCAUAAACUUGGUCUUGGCCUGGAACUGGAGGCUUAAAAAAGGUGAAGAAACUGCUUCAGAGAAGGGAUAUCAGAAGAAUUUGGCCUUAAAAUGUAUUUCCAAUGUGACCAGCAGGCUUUUCUUUAUUUCCACCACCCCCCCCCCCCACCCAAGAAGGAUGACCUAGAACAAGAGCUGUAUUUGAAGUAUUUAGACAGUUACUUGUUAGCUGGUUUCUAGUUAAAUUGGUUACCCGUCUAGUUAAAAUUCUGCAUUAGUGCAGUCACUUAAACAUUAUUUAAAUGUAUUUAACUGUUUAAUGCGCUACCCACAAAUAAUGAAAUAGACAUCUAUGGAAACCGUACAAUUGUGUGUGCAUGUUUGUUUUUAUGUUCCUUUUAACAUUUGAUAUUGCCAUUGAAUGAAAAAUGGAUCAGCGGAUGUUUUGAAAUGAGGUCAACAAUUUUGUUUAAUCACCUGAAGAAGAAAUACGUUCGGUAUCCCAAGACAAAUUAUGAAUAAAGUGAGUACACACACAUAUUUGUGCCUCAGAUAUUUUAAGAGUUAAGAUAUAAGGGUAGUGCUGAGUUAAGUUUUAAGUUUUAACUUGAAAUAAUCCAAGAAGUUGUGCUCUGUACCUUUGUGCAAUUAAGGACCCACACCCAUGACAACACCUAAUAUAGAUGGUUUUCAUUGAACAGUUGGAUUCCUCAAGCAAGUUGAAUGUGUUUUUCUGUUGGUAAGAUUUGUCAUGACACAACUGUUUCAUUCCCCCUGUGUUCCAUGGGCAAGAUUUCCUGUAGUACUAGUUGGCCUCUUGAUGCAAAGAGUGCAAAGUGAUAUACUUGACACACUGAGAUUUUAAGAACUGCUCCCUGAUGCUGUUGACUGAGGGGUGAAAAACCUCACCACAAACACACCUUUUGCUUAUAUUCGUAUGAAGUGAGACAUAUCUCUGCAACUGAAUGUAACAGUGUAAUGGUAUUACAGCCUACUUAUGCCAACUGCUGUGAGAGGUUUCUGCUUAAAAUGACUGAAAUAAAGGCUUCAUUUUAAAUGGA